ACCAUAAGGGACUCUAGUCAUCAUCAAAUUUACUUAACUUUUUCUCUAACUUUAAUCAUUUCAAAACCUUAUAUUGUCUCAAUAUAAACAUCACAUCACCACACCUCCUUCUCUUAUUCUUCAUUUUCCCUUUUCCCUCUAACUUUCCCAACACACCCAAACUUAUUUUUCUACAUGAUUAUACCCAUAUUCCCUUGAAGGAAGAACUAGAGGAAAGUGAUCUAUAAAUUUAUUUUUCUGCAUUAAAUUAAUUUUACAUUAGAAAAUAAAAAUGGUGGAUUUAACCUUAAGUUAUGUGAUCAUGGUGUUUGUGUUGUUAAGUACAAAUGGUGCUAACUCACAAAUACUAAAGGUGGGCAUCACAUUGGUCAAAAACACUACAGCCACUGCUCUUGGAGCCUAUUGCUUGGAUGGGAGUUUGCCUGCUUAUCAUCUCAGCAGAGGAUUUGGGUCUGGAGCACGAAAUUGGAUUUUACACUUUGAGGGUGGUGGGUGGUGCAAUGAUGUGGAAUCAUGCUUGGAGAGGACUAUCACACACCGUGGGUCUUCACAUUACAUGACUAAGAUGGACAACCUUACUGGGAUCCUUAGCAACACCAAGGAUCAAAACCCAGACUUCUACAAUUGGAACCGUGUUAAACUAAAAUAUUGUGAUGGAGCUUCUUUUGCUGGCAAUUCUAAGUUUGACAAUGGGACCUCAUUGCUUUACUUCAGAGGACAAAAGAUUUGGCAGGCAAUUCUUCAAGAUCUUCUCCCAAAAGGGUUAGCCCAUGCAGAGAAGGCUUUGCUUUCUGGAUGCUCAGCAGGGGGUUUAGCAGUCUUCUUGCAUUGUGACAACUUCAGGAGUUUUCUACCAAGUAAUGUUACCGUCAAAUGUUUGAGCGAUGCCGGAUUCUUCUUGGACGUACCCGAUAUAGCCAUGAAUCGAACAAUUAGAACCGUCUACAAUGAGGUCGUAUCUCUUCAAGGAGUAGAACAAUAUCUCAACCAAAAAUGCAUCAGUUCUGUGGACGAUCCUAAGCUAUGCUUCUUUCCACAAUAUGUCCUAAAUUUCAUUAGGACCCCACUAUUCAUCUUAAACUCUGCAUAUGAUUCAUGGCAGUUCCAUAAUAUAUUGGUACCAUUUUCUGGGGGUGUAGCAAAACCAUGGAGCCCUUGUAAGCUUAACCUCACAAAGUGCACUGAUAGUCAAAUACAAACACUACAAGGUUUUCGACAGGAAAUGCUGGAGACCUUAUCACCUUUUUACAAACAAACAACAACUGGAGGAGUUUUUAUAAAUUCAUGCGUUGCACAUUGCCAAAGUGAAAAACAGGACACUUGGUUUCAACCUGAUUCCCCCAUUUUAAAUGGCAAGACCGUCGCAGAGGCGGUUGGUGACUGGUAUUUUGAGAGAAAUGUAACAAUGCUGAUUGACUGUCCGUAUCCUUGCGACAAAUCUUGCCAUAACGAGAUACCUUCUUAGAAUUAUAAGCAUAUUACAAUUGAAAUUGUUCAAAAACAGAUCUGUCACUCCCAUUAUUCAACUUUAUUUUUCAUAUUUUUGUCGGUUUUUUUAAUCUAAUUUUAUAUCUGUUUAGUUGUUAAUUUGUAUUAUACAGAAAAAUGUUUGGAUUAAGGUGUAUUUGGCAAAAUACUUAUUGAGCAAUUUAAUGUUUUGGACAAAUA